GUCGCGCGUCCGUUGCUGGUUGCUUAGAAGGUCAAGUGCACAACCGGCUCGCGCAACAGCACGACAGUAAACAAUCUGCCGGUGUAACCGAAGCUGACGGAUCUCUGAAGCGAACGUUCAAAACACUGUGCAGCAUGUUUUACAGCUAGAAGACUAAGGGAGUAGUUCAGCUUGUCAUAGCCAGUAUGUCUGCAUGGUUGCAGCAAGACACCGGUCCAGCAAGUUCUGCUGAAUCCAGGAAAUCAGAGCCCAGAGGACAAGAGAAAAAAUGCUCAUGGGCAUCCUAUAUGACCAACUCCCCCACCGUGAUUGUCAUGAUAGGCCUGCCUGCGAGAGGCAAGACAUACAUGUCGAAAAAACUCACACGCUACCUCAACUGGAUAGGAGUUCCCACCAAGGUGUUUAACCUGGGCGUGUACCGGAGGGAGGCGGUCAAAGCAUAUAAGUCUUUUGACUUUUUCAGGCAUGACAAUGAGGAAGCCAUGAUGAUACGGAAACAUUGUGCCUUAGUGGCCCUGGAAGAUGUGAAGAUAUACCUGAAUGAGGAAGGUGGACAAAUAGCUGUUUUUGAUGCCACAAACACAACUCGAGAAAGACGAGAUCUCAUUAUAGACUUUGUGAAGGAGAAUGCAUACAAGGUGUUUUUUGUGGAGUCAGUUUGUGAUGAUCCGGAGGUUAUUGCUGCUAAUAUCCUGGAAGUCAAGGUGUCCAGUCCAGAUUAUCCAGAGACACACCGAGAAAGAGUCAUGGAUGAUUUUCUGAAACGUAUUGAAUGUUAUAAGGUCACUUACCAACCUUUAGACCCUGAUGCUAAUGACAAAGCUCUUUCCUUUAUUAAGGUGAUGAAUGUGGGUCGGCGGUUCCUGGUAAACCGCGUUCAGGACUACAUUCAGAGUAAGAUUGUCUACUACCUCAUGAACAUCCAUGUACACUCGCACUCCAUCUACCUGUGCAGGCAUGGAGAGAGUGAGCACAACAUCCAGGGCCGCAUCGGGGGGGAUUCUGAACUCUCCCCCAGAGGAAGACAGUUUGCGAGUGCCCUGCGGGAUUUCGUUGAAGAGCACAAGCUGUCUGACUUAAAGGUUUGGACCAGCCAGUUGAGGAGAACCAUCCUGACAGCCGAAGAGCUGGGAGUUCCCUAUGAGCAGUGGAAGAUCCUCAAUGAGAUCGAUGCGGGUGUGUGUGAGGAGAUGACCUAUGAUAUGAUCCAGAACACAUUCCCAGAAGAGUUUGCACUCCGGGAUCAGGACAAGUACCACUACAGAUAUCCAGGAGGAGAGUCGUAUCAGGAUCUGGUUCAGAGACUGGAGCCUGUCAUUAUGGAGCUUGAGAGACAGGGCGAUGUUCUGGUCGUCUGUCAUCAGGCGGUUAUGCGCUGUCUGCUGGCAUAUUUCUUGGACAAGAGCGCAGAGGACCUUCCCUAUAUAAAAUGUCCCCUUCAUUCUGUCAUGAAGCUCACUCCUGUUGCCUACGGUUGCAAAGUAGAAAUGUUUCACCUGAAUGUGGAGGCUGUGAACACACAUCGCGAUCGACCACUUGCCAAAGUCAGGCGAGACACCGCCACUCUGGUUCAGAGGCGGAAUAGUUACACGCCCCUCUCCACACAUGACCAGGUUAAAAGGCCUCGCCUCUACAGUGCUGGCAACCGGCCCUGGCUGCCCCUCACUCCCUCCCCUACCACCCUGCACAUCCACGACAUGCCAGAGGGGGCACUGCUGCUUCAGAAAAAUCAAUGUUAUCAUGCGGCAGCCAGUCAUCUGGCUCCUUGUGUGAAGGAAACAGCUUUGACAGCGCAGAUGAAUUUAAUGACUGUUUCCGCUUCUGAGUGAGACAGAAGUUUCAAAACCCUGCAUGUCACAUGCUUUCACAUUUUCCCACUCCACACCCAACAUACUUUUAUCGAUGACCGGACCAUAUUUCCCAUCAGCUCUCUGCAUGACCUCCUAUGAUUUAAUAUAUAAAUAUAACUCAAAACACUCUUUAAUCCUCUGUUCUGAUAUGCCUUAUUGAAGAAAGAACAAAGAGAUUCUCCCCAAAAACUGAAUGUGAAUGAGAAUUUGAAUUCAACAUUAGUUGUGCAAAUACAUCUGUGGCUGACUAAAUAUUGUUUUAUUCGAAAGAUAAAGAGAUAAAACAGAUUUAGCACAGAUUAAUCAGAGAAACCAGUUUAUAAUAAUUCUUUGGUUCUUAAUAUUAAACCAAAUGAAUAUUAAAUGAAUUGUGCCUAGUGUGAAAGGAGUAUAUUUGUAGGUAACGAUAGAACCUCAAAGGAAGAUUAUUUGUCUUGUGCAAGACUUUAAUAAUAUGAAUGAUAUUUAUGGGAUAUUGUGCAAAGUUCAAAAUGGUAGCUAGGGACAAGUUUUGUAGAAAUGUGCAUUAUAAUGGCAAAGCUGCAAACGUUUAAAUGAGUACAUUUUAUAGUUUAGGUCAGUGAUGCUGGCAAAUGUAUUUUUAUAUAUUGAGGUUUUUGUUUACCAUGUAAUCCUAUAUGAAAGUGCACUUUUAGGCUGGAGAAUUCAAACUGGUUAUCCCUGGUUAUGAGUUUGUUCAAACUUAAACAGAAAUAACUGUUUACUGUUACUGUUUAUAUAUUACACAUUAUGUAGCCAUAGUUUAGACGCACACAUAGGAGGGUUUUCCUGGACAAAGGCCAUUGAAUAGAGAUUUAUAAUAAUCAACUGCAUAUUAUUUUGCAUGAAGGUAUUUGAUGCAUACCAUGUCUAUUAACUUUCUGUUUAAUUUUAGGUUAAUUAGUUUUAGGGCAAAUAAUUGUUCACACAUUUUUUUAUCACAAUCAAUGUUUAAUCAACUCUUUGCCUCUUGUUCCUUUUGAAUGGUUCUGCAAUGUGACAAAUGCAAGUACAACUCCAUGUUUUCUCACAAUUAAUAUGAGGUCAAAUCUGCAUGCAUAAUUAUAAAAGAAUGUAGGAAAUAGGAAUAGAUGGAGUAGGCAUCUUACAUGCUAGACAUCUCAAAUUAUAUUCAUGCCAAUUCAAAUGAUCCAGAUGUCCAGGAUUUCACUUCAGAGUGUUUCAUAGAUGAUUCAAACUAACGGAAAUCAAUGUGCAUUUAUUCAGAUAUCUAAGCAUGCAUUGCACUUAUGUGGUCAAAUGUGAGUUAUAUCUGUUACAAAUGAGAAAUUAUUUUACAGUUAUGCCACAGAAUGUAAGUUAGGGAAUCAUUUAGGAAAGUUGCUUGUAAUAUUUUUAAUACGGUGUUUGCUCUGAGUACAUACAAUAAUAAAACAUAUUAUAUAACA